AUGGAUUAUCUACUGGGGAAAAACCCGAAAGGAAGAUCACUCAUGGUUGGGUUUGGUAAUAAACCACCAACACAAGCCCACCAUAGAGGUGCUUCUGUCCCAAUGUUGUCAGCAAACAAUGUGGUGAGCUGCCCAAUGAGCUUCGUUAACUGGUUCUCCACGAAUGCACCAAACCCCAAUGAGCUAACAGGUGCCAUCGUGGGCGGCCCCGACAAGUAUGAUACCUUUGUCGAUCAGCGUUCGAAUUCAGCCAUGACCGAACCAACAACAUAUACUAACUCGUUGGCGAUUGGUGUUCUUGCAAAGCUUGCAAAACAUCACUCUAAGUCAUGA